CACUACAGAGAGAACCCGCUCCGCUGCCAGGACUUCGAGCUUCGCCUCACCGACGCUGUCCCACAGCCCAACCCUCACCUGAGAGAAGGGUGGUUCUACAGUAACCUGAGCAGAGGUCAGGCGGAGGAUUAUCUGAUGAGGAUUCCCAGAGACGGAGCCUUCCUUGUCCGACAGAGAGAGGGAGAUCCAGACGCCUUCGCCAUCACGUUCAGAGGCGACGGUAAGGUGAAACACUGCCGGAUCAAGAAGGAGAGCAACGUGUUCCUGCUGGGCACCACCUCAGAGUUUGAGAGUCUGGUGGAGCUGGUCAGCUACUUCAAGGUGAAGCCACUGUAUCGCAAGAUCAAGCUACGAUACCCAGUCACCCCCGAGCUGGUCGACCGCUUCAGCACCGUGAAAGACUGCGCGUCUCUGUACGAGAUGAAGACGUACGUGGAGCCAAACGAGAUCGAGCUGUCGCUGCCCCAAAGAACAGUCAGAGCUUUAUACAGUUACCAGGCGAAGAGGUCAGACGAGCUCAGCUUCAGUAAAGGAGCUUUGAUACACAACGUGACAAAGGAGAACAACGGAUGGUGGAAAGGUGACCAUGGCGGAAAGAUUCAACAGCUGUUUCCAUCCAACUAUGUAGAGGAAGUUUCCAACUUUACACAACCUGACACCAAAAUACAGGAAAUGGAAGACAACCCACUUGGGGAACUAUGUAAGGGAAUUGUGGACAUCUCCAAGUGCAACAUCCAAAACUUGAAGAGUGGUAAGAAUGGGAAGCCUCACGUGUUGACGCUGCAGGACCUGGAGCAGGAGAGUGUGCAGUUUGACCUGGCUGCAGCUUCUGUGGAGGAGCUGUUCGAGUGGUACCAGGUGACCUGGGACAUUACUCAGAGAGAAAUCAGCAAACAGUACAGCAGGGAACAAGAGAUGAGGCAGCAGGUGGAGGUGGAGAAGAAGGACGAGGUUGCCAGGGAGAUGUCGGAGCUGGUGGUCUACUGUCAACCACGCAGCAAAGAGAAGGACCGCUUCGACAGUUACAGCUACAAAGAAAUCCGCUCCUUUGUGGAGAACAAGACUCCAGGGAAGAGCCGCACCAAGGACUUCCUGCAGUACAACAGCAAGGCUCUGAGUCGCGUUUACCCCAAAGGCCAGCGUGUGGAGUCGUCCAACUACGACCCUUACCCACUGUGGGCCGUCGGAUGUCAGAUGGUGGCGCUCAACUUCCAGACUGCAGAUAAAUACACCCAGUUGAACAGCGCCCUCUUCAGUUUGAAUGGAAGCACAGGUUACGUGCUGCAGCCGGAAUUCAUGCGCUACGACGCCUACGACCCUCAUCAGGAGAAGAACAAGGUCAAGUACAACAUCGGAAUCCGGGUACGUUUGCAUGCGCACACACACGCACACACACACCAUGGUUAGACUGUACUAUUUCUGCGGCGAAAUUUUGAUGGCAGCUGCUUCUUGCUGCCAAUUUUGGGUGACAAAGUGGUACUUUGAUGGAAUCAGCCUUUAAAACUCCAAGUUUUAUAGGAGGGAGAGAGAGACUCACUAGCCCCUCCCCAUUUAAAAUCACCCUCGUCUUGAUUUUUCCAAAACUCCAAAGCAGAGCUUGGACCAGAACUCUCUGCACUUUUAGGUGAUUUUAAGAAAAACUGCAAGUCACAUGAAAAUGAAAACAACACACAAGGUUAGACGACAACCAAUGCAACCUGUUUAUGUAGACAUUUUCUGAGUAAGUUGGAAAUUGUGGGCCGGAGAACCUACGCACAAAAUACACACUCAUUAUAA